UGGCUAGUUGGCGGUAAGUUUAGGCGAAUGACGUAAGCUUCCGCAGCUAAAAAGUGUAUAAUCCCAGCAUGCGACACCAAUCAUCAGAGCUUCAAUACCACGCCCACGAAAUCUCGCCCAGACUCAGACACAAAAACAAGACAACGCAGCCGAUGUACCACAUCGCGAACCGAUUCACAUACUAAAGAUAGAAAGCAACGUACCGCCACCUUGCGACUAGAACCGUCAGUCAAAUCGAACUGCAUAGACUUUUCUGAGCACAGGCUCAACGAGACACACCUACCAUCCACCACCAUAAUGGCGCUCCCUCCAGUAGCGCUACCAGGACAACUGCUUGGCAGUGUCGACAAAUACAGUCCCGGUCCAGGAACGCACAUUCACGACUCACAGAUCUAUGCCUCAAUAGCUGGACCCGUCUUCUCUUCACCGUCACACCCUACCACGAACACGUCCUCCAAAUCCACCAAACUCGCACCACUACUCUCUAUAACGCGCCCGCCCACCUCCACUGAUCCUGGAAUUCUCGGUCCCAAUUCUGGCGGCGGCGUACCACUCCUCCCAACGGUCAACAGCACAGUCCUAGUCCGCAUAACGCGUCUCGGCCCACGCUUCGCCAGCGCAGAGAUCCUUGUCAUUGACGAUGCAGUUUGCCGCGAAGCGUUUUUAGCACAGAUUCGGCGCGAAGAUAUCCGGGCUACAGAGAAGGACAAGAUAAAGAUUGAAGAGAGCUUCCGGGUCGGUGACUUGGUGAGGGGCACGGUGAUUAGUUUGGGCGACAGCGGCAAUUACUACGUUGCUACCGAUCGAAAUGAAUUCGGUGUUGUCUUGGCAAGAAGUGAAGAAGGUAGGGUCAUGCAUCCGGUUAGUUGGAAGGAAUUUAGGGACCCAGUGAGUGGGAAAGCAGAGGCGAGAAAGGCAGCCAAGCCGUUUUGAUGGAGGAUAGAGAAGACUAAGAAGAGAGAGAAGCUUCAGCCUGUUAGAACGACGACGGCAAUCGUCAUUAAGAUACCCAUGAGGUGGAUUUCAGAGCAAGACUAAGCGUGCUUGGCAUGGAAGAGAGGAUCCUGAGUAGAGGUACAAUGUUUAUUCAUCUUGGAGGAAAAGAACGAAGAGAUAUUCCUCCAGGGAUCCACAAGGAUUUUCGAUGCAAGUCAACGGAAGAAACGGUUGUUCAUAUCAAAACCUCCCUGUCUUGUUACUGCCAGCCGCAUACAUGCUCACGAGCGAAAUCUACCAUUGAGGACGACAUCACAACG